AGGACCAAGGAAGUCCUAGCCUAUUCAGGUUGUUGAGUGCCUCUGACAGCUUUCCAACUCCGGGAGCAGUGUCCUGGGACUUCCCUAAGGCCCAACACCAGACUGCACAGUGGACAGCGUGUUUGGUUGAGUAGUUCACAGACAGAGGGGAGUUGUAUCUGCUGGAACCCAGAGACUCUUUACUGUGUCUGCUGCCUGAAAACCAUGCAAGGACUGGCUCAGAGCACCAUGGCAGUGGUUCCUGGAGGAUCUCAACCCUUGGAGCAAUCUGCUAUACAGUCACAUAUGUGGGAUGAGAACAAAAAGACAUUCUUGAAGGGGGAACCCAAAGUUCUUGGGGUGGUACAAAUUAUGAUUGCUCUCAUAAACCUCAGCUUAGGAAUAAUAAUGAUGACAAAUACAGUUUCUGAACCACUCAUUUCAGUGGCCUUACUGAGCCCAGUUUGGGGACCAAUAAUGUUCAUUAUCUCCGGAUCCCUGUCAAUUGCAGCAGAAGUGAAAACGACAAAGAGCCUGAUCAUCAGCAGUCUAACUCUCAACACUAUCAGCUCUGUGGUGUCUGCAGCUGCAAGUAUAAUGGGUAUCAUCAGUGUGGUUUUGAGUAUAGAAGGUCCCUUCAUUAAUAAUCAUCCAAUAGCCAGGGUAAGCAUUCACUCUGCUGGUAGGAUGUCAUGGUAGAGGCAAGGGCUCACUGACUCUUGCAAAAAUCAUAAAAUCAAUUUUAGGGAUGGUAUCGAAAUAGGGUGCUCCCCAUCUUUAAGGAGAAGAGGGAUGGCGAUGGAGAGAAAGAUUUGUAGGGAUGGACUGGGAAGAGAGGCGGGAGGGGGCUGUGAUUGGGAUGUAAAGUAAAAAUAAAUUUUCGGGAAAAAAGAAAAAAGAAUGUGAAAAUAAAUCAAUUUGGGAUAUUGAAAUAGUAGGGAUGUAGGACAAUAUUUUGAGGAUCAGGUUACAUGUCAUUAUUUCUCUUCUUUCUGUAACUAAGUACAAAGAAAAUCACUAAUGUGGCUACUUCUCCGCCAUAGGGACCCAUAUGUCAUGUCCAACCUUCAGUUGAUGUCCCAGAAGGAUCCAAAAUAAAAUCAAGUUCCUAAUGGUGGGAGGUGUCAAUCCUCUUGUGAGAAAAAGAUUGAUUGUAUAGCUUAUAAAAUUUGCAAAACAGGUUUAAAGGAGUAAGCUUGUUGUAAGAAAGAGCAGAUUGGGGUUGGGGAUUUAGCUCAGUGGUAGACCUUUUGCCUAGCAAGCGCAAGGCCCUGGGUUCGGUCCCCAGCUCCGAAAAAAAAA